ACGACGACGACCAACGAACAAAUCAAGAAUAAGUGGAACAGCGGACAGCAGAGCAGCAACAGUCUAAUAAUUUACUGCUACUAACGCAACGACCACCUCCAGAGAAUAAAUGAACGGCCUGGGGUAAAUUAGAGAUGGGGAAAAAAGUACACCAAGUAUUAUUAUAUAUAACCCAGCUCUCUUCUCUGUCUGCGGGAUCAGAAAGGAGGAGGGAAAAACGAGUGUGUGCAGAGAGAUCCAGCAAGUGAGCAGAAAGGGGAGAUGGAUGGUUCUGGUUGAGAACUACUUCUUACUAUGUCCCUGAUGCUGAUGCUGAAUUGACUCUGCCGGGCCGCCAGGCAUACAUACAUACGCAAGGCCACCCACCGGGACUGGCUGGAACUACUUCCACUACGAUUGAGCUUGGACACAACACAAAACAGAGACCUCUUUUUUUCUUUCUCUCUGCUAAAUCCGAACGGACGGGACAAGGAAGGCCAAACUUGGGCUGGGCGGUGGCAAACCGGUUGCAAGGUAGGCGGCUCGAGGAAGCACAAAAAAAAAUCGUUGGACUUGGAACCAACAAAAAGUCAUGCUGUGGAGCGUCAUCUGUGUUCCGUGGGAUUUGAGAUCUCGAGGAAGUUUUGAAUUUAGAAGGAAAGGGGAAAAAAUAUUUAUUAUUAAUUUUAUGGUGAACGGACAGCCCAAUCGAACAAACUUGGCAUUAUUAUUAUAUACGCAGCGUAUGCCAUGCCUGUGGUUCUUCCAUCAGCAUUGGCAUCGCUUUACUUCAAGGAAUCCCGGAUGCCAGCCGAUUUCGCGGAAAUUUGAUCUGGCUUUGAUUCUUCUUCUUCUUCGUUGGUGCGAUUCUUGUCAUGUCAUACAUACUCCAAGAAUAUCAGGCAAUAUGCGCGUUGACAGUUGAAGUGUCGCCUGUCAACUAUGGGAGCUUUGACAUUCAGAACUAGCAAGGCAGAGUGACACACUGUCAACACGCUAUCUUCCCUAGCUUUUUCGCCGAUCAAGAAAGGAAAAAAAAAAAAAAAAAAAAAAAAACAUAUAACAAGAAAAGAAAAUCCUGACGCAUUUCGAGAACAGCACCGUCGCUGGUUGUCCUGAUCGUCGUCUGAGCCUCGUGUGUUUGUACUGCAACACCCCAUCCUGUUCGCCUUUUCCCUCUCUUUUAAGAGGCUCGACUAUUGUGGGCAAUUCAAGUCUUCAAUAUAAGGUCGUUGCAACAUUGUACAGGCACGGGUACAGGUACAUGUCUGUACAAUGACUGCUCCCACAAACGACUACUCUUGCACCGCUCAAAGGGAUGCUUUUUCAAUAGUCCGGCUAGUUUCUUUGAGUCCUGACGGAUAUUGUUCGCAAACCAUCGAAAUGGACUCCGCCAUACAACUUUAACUGUGCAACUUCGCAGCUGUACCAACCAUUCAUUUGGAAAUCCCCGUCAUAGUCAAUACUAAUGUCAUUGUUUCGUUCGGCUUUGUGGUGGGAUGUCUUUGUUUUUGUACUCACCAAUGGUCGCAGGGAUACUGAGCUGAGAUAGUCUGCCUGAUACAUACAUACGUGCCCACUUUCUGCGUGCGGGAAGGGCGAGGGUGUGGGCCUGCAAGGAAAAUCAGGGAGGAUUCAGGAUGGCUCAGUCCAGGACCAAAAAACUAACUAGCUUCAAACCUUUAGAUUUGAAGCUAGCCCGGAUAGUUGUUCCUUGAUUUUGAUGUUUUUGUUUACAGGGCGCACAGCCCACACUGGUCCCUCGCUCCAACCAACAAUCAUCAUCAUCAUAGCCGGCUUCAACGAAGCUAAGAAGAGCCUAAGACCGAGGCAGGCACAAGCGUGGCCAGUGUUGCGUCAGGAAUGCAGGCCAGGAAAAGAAAUUAUUAUAUAACUAUUAUUAAUUCUUAUUAUUUCCAGACGGGCUUUCCAAGUUUCCAUGUGUUUUUUCCGUCCCCGGUUGGCUGGCUCUCAGCUCACAGGGCUACAGCGUAGGAACCGGUGAACACUGAACAGACAAUAUUCGGCCUUAAGCGCUCCAUUUCGCCGCUAUUUAUCGCAAUGCCAACCAGACCCUAAAGGUACGGUACUUACUGUGCAAGUUGUAUUAUUAUUAUUAUUAUUAUUUAUUGUACUCCGCACACAGGGCUAGAAAACUCGCCACAAAGCGAAUCUAUGAUAUUCUGUACUCUGUAAUAAGUUAAUCUGUACCUCGCAGAGGCAAUCGCCCAAUCAAGCCUCAUUUUAUGUACGGAGUAUAUAUCAUCGAUACGCUUUUUCACAGGCUUUGCAGCCCAGGGCUCACAGAACUCUGUCCAGCGUGCAGGGAAAGCAAAAUGUCCUGACAUGGAAUGCUAUAUACCCAGUCUCCCUUUUCUGCUUGCAAGAAAUGAACCCUUGCACGGUAGGCCUUUGUUAGCAUCGUUAUCGAAGUACUGCAUAUAGUUAGUUACUCAACUCACUUGCUCCCACGACACCUCUACUAUUAGUUAAACCCACCCCCGUUUUGAAAUCAUUAAAAUGUCCUGACAUGAAAUGCUAUAUACCCAGUCUCCCUUUUCUGCUUGCAAGAAGUGAACCCUGCCAUUUGAAUUCUUCAAUACCAAGCUACAAAGACAACCAACCAAAUACCUUUCAUCUUCCGAAGCUUUUCCCCGUACUGUACUGUACUCGGACUCGGCUUCAUCGCCAAUUAACGGCGAUCUUCUGUUGGAUAACAAAACCCCCAAGCUACGUUCAAGUACAGUACAUGCAUAGUAGUUACGUCCUCCCUUCAACCCGCUCCUACUCAGUAACUGCAACUACUGUUCUUUUCCUUUCUUUUUUCUCGGAUCGUGACGGAAGUGGCACUUGCACUGUGGCUUGCCAGCAGCUACAGGCGCAAGGGGAAAUGUGGCGCUGACACUAGCAGCUAUGCAUGCUUUCUUUUUUUUUUUUCUUUUUUUCUUUUUUUUUUUUUUUUUC